UCCUCCCCCGCUCGACGCCGACAGUUGGACAAGCAGCAAUCGAUCGAGAAACAUGGGCAAUCAGGCGUCCAAGAGCGGGACAAAGAUCACACCGCAAGAUCGUGCGAUCCUCGAUCUCAAAGUCCAACGAGAUAAGGUCAAGCAAUACCAGAAAAAGCUCCAGACUCUCUCGUCGCACGAGCAUCGGCUCGCGCAGCAGUUUCUCGCGUCGGGCGACCGCGCCAAGGCGCUCGCGUGUCUCCGUCGGCGCCGGUACCAAGAGACGCAGUUGAGCCAGACGGACAGCCAGCUCGCGAACCUCGAGGGCCUCGUGUCCAGCAUCGAAUUUGCCCAGGUCCAGACGGCCGUCGUCGAGGGUCUACGGCAGGGCAAUGCCGUGCUCAAGGAGAUGCAUCGGCAGAUGGACCUGGCCAGCGUCGAGAGGCUCAUGGAAGAGACGGCCGAGGCGCAGGCCUACCAGCGCGACAUCGAUGAGGCAAUUCAGACGCAGAUGAGCCGGGAGGACCAGGAGGAGGUCGACAGAGAGAUGGAAAAACUCGAGCGAGAGGUCAAUGGUGUGCAGGAAGACGUGCCCGUCUCGAUGCCAGAGGCACCCACGACAGAGCCAGCGCCCAUCAGCCGGCCCGCCGAGGAGGCGACAGCAGCAAGACAGCAGCAAGAGGAAGAAACGGAGCAGAGAACGGCAGUGUUGGCCUAGAUUCACAGAUUUUGUACAGUAACAUCAAUGCAAUCAGCACCUUCAUCGAUACGAC